CCGUGGCUCAGAGCAGAACUCUAUAUAUGAUGGCGGUUUCGCCAAUACAGCAUCAGAUGCGCUCCGCCUGUGCAUCAUCCCAAAAUACAGCUCUAAACUGAAUCUCGCUAGAGGCACCACCAACUCUUGAUGUCUAUCCCCACUCGCCAGUUCCGAAGAUUGUCCAUCACCAGUGACAUGCCAACAUCUCGAAUCGGAAGAGAGAAGCAAUAUCCGGCCGUGGACAGCGAUAAUAGUGAGGUUUCAGAUGAUGGAGGUGACUCCGAAGUUUCUGAAGGGCAAUCCCUGGCCGAAUAUUUGAUUGUACAUGGCAAAUCAGGCAUCGCUUACGACCUCGCCAGCCUAGAUCUGAGCUCUAAGGCCAGAGCUCUAGUGGGAUUGACAAGCCACUUUGACGUUUGGCUUCACGAUCAGCUCCAUGGCUGCCUCUUCCCCGAGCCUCCCACCUCCAGCAUACCGUUGUCGAGCAAUAGGCACUUACCGAACCUUGGUCGCAUCAAAGACCUCAUCGAUGGCGAUCCCCAUGCCAUUGCGGCCAGAUUUGACUGGCAGUACUCACAUUUUGGGGCCCUCGGAGGCAUGGAGCGUCAAAAAAUGGUUAGAGACAUCAUGUCCGCCUUUGACAGCGCCAUACUGCCCGAGGACUUUCGCCCAGAUCUAGUCAACGAUGACCCAAGGCAGUCACGUACGCCCGAACAGUGUGUUGUGCAAGGAGACCUCGAGGCCACAUUGUUCCGACUGGCUGUGCAUGUUGACGCAGUUUACGCCAGUCUGUGUAAAGCGAUGCCUAUCGGGGCUUGCACCGCAAUAUACUAUGACAAGGUUCAGCAGAAACUGCGGAUCUUGCUCGCGGACUUCGAUCGCUACUGCCAGACCGGACAGCUCCCAAAAGGAGUCGAUUUCUUAGAUGCCAGUACUGUACUAGAAGAGAUUCGAGAUCAUGUCAACCGGAUCCGAGAAAGUGUUGUGACUCGAGCACCUCACGGCAUCGAUGGGGCUGCCAAAGCUCUUCUCACGUUACUUGAAGAUAUUUGCAACCGUAACAAGGAUGCGCUGGAAGGUAAUGAAUGGGGUCAGAAGUCAUUCCAUGGCGAGGAUGAGGAUCAACGCAACCUCUAUCACCAGCUCAUUGGCCGGGCUAAUGAGACCGGAGAUUUUUUUAUUCUCGACGUUCUUGAUUUACUUCCCGUCCAGGGCCUCCGUCAGUUUGAGGAUAAGAUAGAGGCACUCCUUCGCAGGAUCGAGGUGAAUCGAGCGCCAAAAGCCUACAUCAUGAGGCUAAGCUCAUUACUGCGUGCCGUGGUGUCUGAAGGGGUAGGUGCCGGUCACAAACGACCGUGUUCAGCUACAGCCACCGGCAACAGCAAGCGGACGCGAUGAUUUUCGCGCCCUCCUCUGUCCUACUAGUGAUCUCGAGUUUUCUUGCCUGGAUAGCGUUGCACUGGGUGAUUGCUUUCGCUUAUACCCUUGCGACUGUCGGCUUUGUUUAUCCGUACUCAAUUCAGACUCUGAUGUUGAUCUAUCACACCUCUUUUAUUGAAUCUUCAUCUUUGUCUGCAUUUUCUUGAGUGUCGAAUUUACUCGUGUCUUGGCCGCCGCUGGUUCGUAUACUAUCAUGCUAGAUGAUGUCAUGGGAACCCCUUAC